AUGUUGCAAAUCAGUGGUAUACCGGCUGGGAGGAUGCAAAAGGGGGCAAUGUUGGAUAAAGAGUUAGACUUUGCUAGGCUGACCGUUCAUAUGCAGUUGGUAGAAGAGAAAAAGAAGAAGAUCUCUGAAGCUAGGGAGGUGGAAAGACAAGCGAAAAGAGCCAGAUUAGCCGACCAGAGUCACAGUCAGUCUCAGGGCAUCUACUACCAGGCCCCAGUACCCCGACCACCAGCAGAUAGACGAUCUCAGAGUUUUCAGACUAACCAUGGAACCAGAGCUCAGGAUACUCGGUCACAGGGUAGUGUGGCUCAGCAGCAUCUUACUUUUCCAAGGUGUGAGACUUAUGGUAGAAAUCAUUUUGGAAGGUGUCAGUUGGGCUCGAUAGUGUGUUAUUCAUGUGGUCAGUCGGGUCACUUUCAAAGGAAAUAUCCAUCUGCUAGAAAGAAUGUUGGUGGUGCAAAGUCUCAGGCAAAUUCUUCGGAACCACCCCCGCCUCAGAAGGGCACCACAUCAGCUGCCGGGAACAUUCGCAACUGGUCAUAUGCUUUGACCAACCGCCAGGAGGCGGAAGCUUCCCCAGAUGUUAUUACCGGGGAUUCUAUUGUUGCUAGGAGGGUGUACAGGGGUUUUGUUGUGACUGUUGGUAGCCAGGAUAAGUUAGCAGAUCUCAUAGAGUUAGAUAUG